UUUCCGUGASCMUKCACGAUUUUGUUAUGAUAAACACUGGUAAUGUGUUCUCUAUCGGACGAGUGCUAGAUCUUCAUGAUUUGGGGCCAUAUCCCGAUAGAUACAGAGCAAAAAUCCACUGGCUCUACAAACACGAAGACUUACURCGCUUGAUACCAGGUUGCCCUCUUGAAAAAAGAGCAAAUGAACUAUUUAUACCUGCGUUUGAUCCCGAAAGAAAGCCAUUCAAGGGAAGUGUCGAGAUUAUCGACGCUGAGUCGAUAGAGGAUGUWUGUUCAGUCGAAUUUUUGACGACACGAGACAUCUUUCCUGAACACUGCACCGCUGAGGACCCUUUCUACGUUCAGUACGCUUUCGAUGAARAUUAUAAAGUUUAUUCAGCAGGGAMUUAUAUAGAAAGGCUUGAGAAAGCUUUAAAAAAAAGUGAAACUAGAAUUCAAAAUAACAAGUGUAGAACACCUAGGCUGUCUUCUUCAGGAAGACUUUGGAGAAUUGGAACUCCAAAAGCAGAAAAUCACAGCGACAGUCCAUUUUCUUUAAAACCAUUAAAAAUAACACUGAAAGCUUGUAAUAGUGGAAGCAUCAAGCAAAAAACUCCAUCAAGAACGAAAGCAAACAAGAGUAUAGAAGACAAUAAAGUUACUAUACCUAAUGAUUCAGAUGACUUUUCUAAUGCAAAUGCUAACAUAAGGCCUGCAAAAAGGAAAGGCAGUAGAAGUGUCACUGAAAGAGAUGAAACCGCAUCUAACAAUGUUGAGAAGAGAAAGAAGUCARCAAAGAAUAAAGCAAGUAGCGUCAGCUCCGUCAAGAGGAGUGGAAAGAASCCUGCAAAGCGGAARGCAAGUAAGAGCAUACCUGAUGAAGGAGAGGUUGCAUCCAAGAAAAGCAGAGUAAAAAGCAGUAAAAACACUCAAAACACUCCAAAAAGUAGAGGAACACCAAAGAUGGUCUUGUCUCCAUGCAAUACUUCUUACACUGCAGAUCAGGUUCGAGAGCAAAUUUUUUCUGAGGAAGAWGAUGAGUGUUCGGGAUAUGGUAGUGGAGGAGAGGUAUUCUUUACAGACAAAACACCAGCCAUAACACCACCCAGUAAGAGAGAAACAAGAUCACAAAGCAAAGGAUCACAUAAAUCAAAGAAACAACACAACAAGGAGAACCACAAAUCAGUCUCUAAACAAACUCCAAAACCUCAGUACCAGACUCCUAAAAGUACAUCAAGGUCAAAAUCCACCACAGGGARACCAACYGCACAAUCGGUSAAAUCCACUAGAAAAGUAUCAAUCAAAASUCCUAGUAGAAAACAUUCAACAAAGGUGGUUGAAGAUGUCCUUGCUGGGGAUAUCACACCAAAGAAAACYCCAGGGAAGGCAGGAAGGUCAGGAAGGAAAAGCCUUGCUGARGGUUUGACUCCCAGCAUACCUUGCAGGUCACAGCCUUGUAAAACACCAAGAACACCAUUACAAGAAGCAAGGUCAAGGCUCCAUGUAUCAGCUGUUCCRCCAUCUCUGCCRUGCCGUGAAGAUGAAUUUGCUGACAUUCUUGGCUUUGUUGAAGGRAAAUUGAUUGAUGGAACAGGAGGUUGUAUGUACAUAUCUGGAGUACCGGGAACUGGAAAAACAGCAACAGUGCAUGAAGUUAUCAGGGUUCUACGAGAUUCUGAAGAUGAGGAUAUCCCUGAAUUCACAUUUAUUGAGAUAAAUGGAAUGAARYUGACGGAACCAAACCAAGCAUACAGCAUGCUACUCAAGAAAUUGACAGGCCAAAAGGCAACUCCAGCACAUGCAUCAGAUUUACUAGAAAAAAUGUUCAGCACAAAAAGCACAGCAAGAGAGAGUUUGGUUCUUAUGGUAGAUGAACUUGACCUACUGUGGACUCGAAAACAAGGCGUCAUGUACAAUCUGUUUGAGUGGCCUUCACGUUCUCACUCUAAACUCAUUGUACUCGCUAUUGCUAAUACUAUGGACUUGCCGGAAAGAAUGAUGAUUAACAGAGUGCAGAGUAGACUGGUCGCUGCGGUAUCKGGUGAUGCUCGUCGUUGUCUCGACAUUUGUCGUCGCGCGGUYGARAUAACCGAGCAGCAAGACACCAAGACGAAGUCAAAGAAAGGCAGACUCGUUGCAAUGGAUGAAGUGAACUUAGCUUUACAAGACAUGUUUUCUUCGCCGAAGAUAAAACUUAUGAUGAAUUUGUCAUCGUAUGAGAUGCUGCUGAUGAAAGCCGUCCUCUCUGAGUUCAAGAGGACAGGAGUGGAAGAGACCACUUUUGGCGAUGUUUUUGAGGAGUUGUGCAACCAUUGUCGUCUUGAAGGUAGCGAAACGCCAAGCAUGACAGAAGCGUCCUCAAUACUCGGUCGACUUGGUGCCAGUCGACUGCUUUUAGURGAAACAGGCCGUUCAGAUCUCCAAAGACGAAUCAGCUUAAAUGUAAACCAGGAUGACGUCAUAUAUGCGCUACGAAAUCAUACGAUGAAAUAAUGCCAUUGAUGGUACAGUGUUCGGACAUUCUCGGAACGAGGCUUAUAGGGGCUGGUAGCAAACGCUUUGUAUUAYGACCAUUAYUUUUUKAYCUUUAWYAAAUUUKGGUUGGGUCGGAGCACUCUGKAUAUGGUUUAGUUUAACAUUUUGUAACAUCACUGAACACGGCCUCAAAACCACAGUUUUGUAAGUCUAUCAAAGUUAUUUCUAUGAAGCAUAGUAAUGUAAUGAAGUCUCUAGAUGUAAGAAACAAGAUGUAUAUUUUAUGAUUGUACAGUUUUAUAUUAUAUAUUUUUUCAUCUUUGUUACCAUUUGAAAUAAAA